GAGGAGCCAGUGAAAUCUACGAUAAAUACGUUCGUUCGUUGGUUUGUUGCGCAGUUUGCGGGACCGAACAAGCUGAUCUAGAUCUUAGAAUCAUCCCUUCGUCUUUCUACGAAUUUUCUUGCUGCUGUCUACUAACAUAAUUUGUUUGUGGGACCGAACGAGCUGAUCUAGAUCGUAGAAUUAUCCCUUCGUCUUUCUACGAAUUUUCUUGCUGCUGUCUACUAACAUAAUUUGCUACAUUAUCAACAUGCCAGCAGAAAAAUUUACCAACCCAGAAUUCCUGAGAGAAUUUAUUGAAUUGUACCGGGCCCUUCCUUGUCUCUGGAAAGUGAAAUCGGGAGAUUACAUGAAUAAAAUGAAACGAGAAAAGGCAUAUGAAGAAUUGGCAAACCUUUGCAAAUCAGUGUGCCCCAAAGCUGAUGUUCAAUUUGUGAAGAUGAAAAUUUCCAAUAUAAGGACUGUUUUUAAAAAAGAAUUAAACAAAGUGCAAGCUUCCAAAAAAUCAGGUGCCUCAGCUGAUGACUUGUAUGUUCCGAAACUAUGGUACUAUGAUCUGCUACUGUUUACAGUGGAUCAGGAGGUGGCAAGGGACUCCAGGUCCAACUUUUCAAGUCAUUUUGAAUCCGAACUGACUCAGGCAAGCCAAUCAGAGGAUGUAACAGCCAUACAAGCUCAUGACAUCACAGCUGAACAAGUACUUGAAGAACAAGGGGACCACACAGAACAUAUGUCCCAGGCAUCACAACACACUAGCAGUACUAGUGCUUCCAGCCUUCCAAACACAGAUGGACAAGAAGAUAGAAUGUCACAAAAAAUGCCAAAGGGCAGGAAAAGAAAAAAUAAAGUAAAUUAUGAAGAAUCAACACAGAAAUUAAUAAACAAAGCUGCUGCUCUUCUUCACAAGCCAUCAGAUGAGUUUGAUGCAUUUGGAUUCGCGACUGCUUCCAAACUGAGAAGAAUGGAUGAAGAACAGAGGCUGUUUGCAGAAUCAAUUAUAACUGAAGCCCUGCAAAGAGGCCUAAGAAAAAAACUAAAUGACACAACUAGAUGCAUGGACAAUCCAUAUGAAAGCACUAAUAACUGGUUUCCUCCACAUCAAUUUCCUCAGCACAUACACAGAAUGUCCACACCAAAUUCUGUUGUAACAUAUGACCAACAAACGGCAUGGCCAUCGAUGGUAUCUCCUAUACCAACAAACAAUGGAUUUAACAAUAAUGUUUCUAUUUCAGAACAGGAACAACCGCAAUAUUCUCAUCUAUAAACCUGUGCACAAUUGGAUGUUUUUGCUCUUUUUUGUAAUAUAGUUUAUAUAUUGUUAAAUUAUAAUUCCAGUUAUAUAGUUUGUAUGUAUUAUUGGUACACCCUGUGCAUACUUUAUGCAAAAUGAAUGCACUUUUUUUUAUUACACUUCUGUUUAUAUUUUAUUUAUGUUUCAUUUCAAUAAAUGUUAAACUUUACAAUACUCUGUCUGUCCAAUGAUGGCUGUGGGAGGUGAACCUGGCAGGGCUUUAAUCUGAAAGUUUGUAAACUAAACAAAUAGAGAUUUUACCUUUAAA